AUGAAGAAGUACAUCUCGACGGGCUUAGCAGCCCUUCUGGCAUCUCGAGCCAACGCUGGCGACCUCAAGUGGCUCAGUCCCGAAUACAAGGAGAUCUUCCAAAAUCCAUUACCAAUUCCUCCUGACAAGGCUGUCCAAUAUACCUACACAAACAAGACUACCGGUAACCAGAUUGACUUCUAUGAGGUCGAUGUGAAGCCAUUUGAACAGCAAGUCUAUGCAGGCAAGAAGCCGGCCAGACUCGUCGGAUACGAUGGUAUCUCGCCUGGUCCUACUUUCCGUAUGACCAAAGGUCGGGAAGCAGUAGUUCGAUUCAGGAACUAUGGUGACAAAGACCUCUCUGUGCACCUUCACGGUUCUUACAGCCGGGCCGCUUUCGACGGCUGGGCAGAGGACACCACCAAAUACGGUGAAUACAAGGACUACUACUAUCCCAACUCGCAGAGUGCCAGAACUCUAUGGUACCACGACCACGCCAUCCACCACACCGCAGAAAACGCUUACUUUGGCCAGGCUGGCUUCUACAUCCUACACGACCCUGCCGAGGACAAACUUGGACUACCAAGUGGAAAGUAUGAUCUUCCAUUGGCUCUGAGCGCGAAGCAGUACAACCAAGAUGGAACACUUUUUGAUCCCAAAGACGAGACUACAUCGCUGUGGGGAGACGUCAUCCACGUCAACGGUCAGCCAUGGCCAUUCCACUCUGUUGAGCCGAGGAAGUAUCGCCUACGAUGGCUCGAUGCCUCUAUCAGUCGUACAUUCAAGCUCACCUUCGUCGACGACUCUGGCAAAGAAGUUCCUUUCCAGAUGAUCGGAUCAGACACCGGCUUGCUCACCAAGCCUGUUACCAGCAGCAACCUUGAGAUCUCCAUGGCCGAGCGCUGGGAGAUGAUCUUCGACUUCAGUGCCUUCGCAGGCAAGAACAUCACGGUCAAGAAUGCUCGCGAUGUCCAGCACGAUGAGGACUACAACAGUACCGACAAAGUCAUGCGCUUUGUUGUCGGCAAGGACGCCCCGAAGGAUACAUCAAACAACGGCAACCCACCGACCGACCUACGUACUGUUCCAUUCCCUCCCAAUAACGGAGGCAAGAUUGAUAGAAGCUUCAAAUUCCAUCGCAGCAACGGAGAGUGGCAAGUCAACGGUGUUACGUUCGCCGAUGUCAAGAACCGCAUCCUCGCUAAGCCUCCUCGCGGCGCAAUUGAGAUCUGGCAGCUUGAGAACGGAGCUGGUGGCUGGUCUCACCCCGUCCACAUCCAUCUUGUCGACUUCCAGAUCCUCUCGCGCACAGGCGGUAAGCGUGGCGUUCUCAACUACGAGAAGGAAGCUCUCAAGGAUGUCGUGCUCCUCGGCGAGGGCGAAACCGUCACAGUCAUUGCCCGCUAUGCACCAUACGACGGCGUCUACAUGUUUCACUGCCACAACCUCAUCCACGAGGACCACGACAUGAUGGCUGCCUUCAACGUCACCGAGCUCAAGGACUUUGGCUACCCAGAGACAACCCGCUUCAUCGACCCUAUGGAAGAGCGAUGGCGAUCCCGCCCCAUCACCGACGCCGAUGAAUUAGAGAACGCCAAGAGAGAGAAGUGUGCUUUGUUCGAGUCGCUUGAAGCCUAUGACCACGUCGACAAGCUCGAAGAGGCUCUUGUGGACUACUAUAAAAACGGACCCAAGAGCUACAGCACGCUGAUGACAAUGAUCUCAACUUCAGCUUCGGCUGGUUCAUCUGCGGAUUCUUCCGCGCCAGUAGCAACGGGUAGUGUGACGAGCAAGCCUGCUUCUGCUACGAUUACAGCUGCGCCCAAGUCGACGAGCACGACGAAGAAAAGCGAUGAUGAUAAGAAGACGACAACGAAGAAGAAGAACUAA